AUUUUCUUUACCUCACAGAUUUAGUGAAGCAUGUUAACUGCUAGAGAGGAGGAAAGUAAAGUUUUCAGGAUGAUUUUAGGAUUUGCCUUGCUGUUUGUUUUCACGGAUGUAACAGCAGAGUUUGGGACCACACCAAAUCUUAAACAGAUUGUCACUGGACGGUGUUUUGAAUAUGUAGCCCUGGCUAAUCUCAACCUCAGAUACAAUUGUGAGAAGAUAUGGCAGGAGUUUGAAAAGGCUGUGGUUAGGAGAUCUCCCUGCGAUGUGAGAGUUAAAGAUUACCAAAAAAUGUUCCAGGUCAUCACUCAGACUUUACCAUGUGGCAAGUUGCUGUUCUGGAGUAAGACGAGAGAGCUCAUGCACAGCUAUGUAGCUGUCACAGGAUCCUUCUGGACGUUAGAAGACACACUGCUGGGAUUCAUGUUCAAUGAUCUGAUCUGGUGUGGACAGCAGGACAGAGAGAGAGGUUUUGACUAUCAGUCCUGUCCAAAAUGGUCAACCUGUUUGAACCAUCCUGUGUAUUCACUUUGGAAACAGGCUUCUCAAAAUUUUGCUAUGGCUGCGUGUGGAAAUAUUACAGUCUUGCUAAAUGGAUCAAUUCAUCAUGCUUUCAACAAAAAAAGCAUGCUUGGCAGUGUGGAACUGGAAAAUCUAAACCCAAGGAUGGUCACUCAUGUACACAUUAAAGUCAUCUACAACUUAGAGGGACCCUUUUUGGAGUCUUGCACUCAGGGAUCCAUCCUUGGACUUAUAGAGGUUUUAAAAAAACGAGGAUUCCACUGGACCUGCACAGACAAUGACUUGUAUGUUUGAUUUUCUUCUUUUAAAAAUAUUUUAAUUGUUGAGCCCAGUAGUGGCUCUUGACCAUAAAUUUAGGUGGGGCAGAUGUUGGGUCAUAGCAAUGGCUUAUGAUUAACCACCUGUAAGUUUUACAUUCUAAAGGCUGAACACAUGCAUUUUUGACAGAGGUGUAGUAUCCUUGUAAAUUCAGCUUGAUCGUGGCACUCUAACAUUGAUUUACAGGCUCUAAGCACACAUAGUACUAACUAUAUUAGAAUGUUAAAAACCUCUAGGUUUUUGGAAUAUAAUUUGAAACUCUGAGUUUCUCCCCAGGACAUGAGAAUAAUAUUUAUAUCUAUAUACUUUGAUGUUGAAAACACAUCUGAAAAAUAUCAACGGACACAGAAUGAACAACUGCUGGAAAAGUACAUGAUCCAAGUCAGGUUGUCUUGAGCAAGAGACGUGUUUUAUAUUAAGCGCUUCAAACUAAAUCAUUAACCUACGUGGCUUGUCCUCCUGUCAGAUGCCUGUAUUGUUAAAAAUAUUUAACUCUGACUAAAUACCAAGUUAAACCAUAGCCAAUGAAGACAGAGUCAUUGUAAGGUUGAUCAUUUACUGUCACUCUUCCUCAUUAACAUUUGCGGUGAAAACUGUAAUAAAACAA